AUGCGCCACAGGCGCUUCCUGAGGUUUGCUUUAGAAGGGACGGCUUAUCAGUAUUCAGUGCUUCCGUUCGGCCCUCGCCCUCGUCCCCCGCACAUUUUCAAAGUGUGUGGACGUAGCGCUUUCUCCCCUUGGAUCGAGCAGAAUGUGCAUCUUGAAUUAUCCGGACGAUUGGCUGAUUUUAGCCCACUCAAGAGAUGUGCUAAUCAGUCAGGUGGAAACACUGCUUCGCCAUUUGGAUACGCUGGACUGCGUGUGAAUAUGCAGAAGAGCGUGUUUUUUACCGAGCCGGACUAUAACAUAUCUGGGAACCCGGGCAGGUCGGUUUCACUUAAGGGAAUUUCAGAGGCUUCUGGGACUGAUGGCGGCGGAUUCUUCAGGGUGCCAUCUGGGUCUGCUGCAUAUGCAGCCGCUACAGUUUUGGCUGAAUACUCGAGUUCCGCCGAGGGCAUGGUAUUCGGGCCACAAGCGCAUAUGGUCACUCACAGUUGCGUCAGCACUCUGAGACCGUGGAGCAGCACUGAUAUGUUCAACCCAGGAGUUCCUUUGGGUAUAGUGACACAGCGCACCGGGUCUCGACGGACGGGUCAACUUCAGGCUGGGGAGCAGUGUGCCUGGCGGCGUACCUGCCUCAGGCCUGUGGUCGGAGUCACAGAGAAGACUGACGAAUUACAGAGUGAUUAUCUGCUGGAUCUUUACUCACAUGUGAAGAACUAUGAGACUCAAACAGGCAGGAGUUUCCUUCCAGCAUUACAGUCAGUUUUCCAGUCACCUGCUGUCUGGAUCAUAGAUCUCUCACAGAGAAAGAUCCCCAUCCUCCUGGAAGUACUGAAACUCCAAUCAAAGAAGAAUCCAGUAGAGCUGAGAGGAUGUUCAGAGGAAGAGAGUGAAAUGAUGAGUUUUCUUCAGUGUCUGCCCUACAUCUCACAGCUGAGAUUCUCUAAUCUGAGUGAAAUUGUUCAAAACAGAUUUCUUCUGGGUCUCUUCAAUUAUGCAGCAGAGAUUAAGACACAGACAGGAGAGCAGAUGCUGAAACUUUUAUCAUCAGUCUGCACCUACAGCUCUUUUCCUUAUGAAUGGACUGACAUUAAACAGAGUGAUUUCCUGCUGGAUUUUUACUCACAUGUGAAGAACUAUGAGACUCAAACAGGCAGGAGUUUCCUUCCAGCAUUACAGUCAGUUUUCCAGUCACCUGAUGUCUGGAUCAUAGAUCUCUCACAGAGAAAGAGCUUCGUCCUCUUGGAAGUACUGGAAUUCCAAUCAAAGAAGAAACCAGUAAAGCUGAGAGGAUGUUCAGAGGAAGAGAGUGAAGUGAUGAGUUUUCCUUCAGUGUCUGUCCUACAUCUCACAGCUGAGAUUCAGUGAAAAUGUUCAAAGCAGAUUUCUUCUGAGUCUCUUCAUUAAAGCAGCAGAGAUUGAGACACAGACAGGAGAGCAGAUGCUGACACUGUUAUCAUCAGUCUGCACCUACAGCUCUUUUCCUCAUGAAAAGACUGACAGAAUUAAACAGAGUGUUUUUCUGCUGGAUCUUUGCUCACAUGUGAAGGACUAUGAGACUCAAACAGGCAGGAGUUUCCUUCCAGAAUUACAGUCAGUGUUUCAGUCAACUGAUGUCUGGAUCAUAGAUCUCUCACAGAGAAAGAGCUCUGUCCCUCCUGGAAGUACUGAAACUCCAAACAGAGAAGAAACCAGUAGAGCUGAGAGGAUGUUCAGAGGAAGAGAGUGAAAUGAUGAGUUUCCUUCAGUGUCUGCCCUACAUCUCACA